AGGUAUAUUUUUCAUAUUAUACAUGAACUGAAGGUUCCAGAUGACAGAACCGCGGCACAAUCGUUGAUUCGCUAAUGACGACGACGUAUUCAUUUCGAUUAAUAGGCUUGGCAACUGCUUCGUUGCAGAAUUUUAACUUAAAUUUUUCUGAGGAUUUUUCUAAGUCUUACCGACUAGAUAGUUUCCAGAUGAAAAGGUUUAUUUUCGAUAGAGUUUGUGGACGUAAUGGUCAAAACCCCGGCUAAUCGACAGGUUGACAUGCUCUGUACGGUGUACCAUCUGUACAAUGCAAGAUCUUAUAUAUCAAACUCCAACAGUCACCUCCAAUGACCCCACAGUGAAGAGAGAUUUUGCCCAGGAGGCUUUGGGCUUUUCCUUCCCCGGGCGGAGACGAUUCCCAAAAUCUCACGAAUCCAGCGUGGGAUUGAUUAAAUUUGCCAUUCAUUGCCUCUUCACUAAUCUUUUGCUCCACCGUCAUGUGUCAUGGGCAUGUUACCCAUAGUAUGGGUCCUAUACAUUGAUUCUGAGUACCCAAGAUAUUUUUUAGUGAUCCAAUAUUCAAUAUGGCUUCCAACAACACCGGUCGAGUGCAUGAGGGCAAGGUUGCGAUUGUGACAGGUUCAGCACGAAGCAUUGGUGCUGGUAUUGCUAGAAACCUCGCAUCUAAGGGUGCCAACAUCCUAAUCAGCUAUCUAACCGAAGGAUCUGACAGCUCUGCUGCUGAGCUCGCAGAAGAGCUUACUAAGAAACAUGGAGUUGUUGCCGUGCCAUGUCGAUCUGACAUCUCUACACCUGAAGGCUGUGCAGCCAUCAUUGAGGCCUGUAACUCAAAGAUGCCUCCAAAUGCCAAAACCAACAAGCUACAAAUUGACAUCUUGAUCAACUGUGCUGCUAUUAUGAUUGGCAUUGGUCCUCUCGAAUCAGUUACGCACGCGGAUUUUAUCAAGUCGUACGAGACCAACGUGCUAGCUCCUAUUUUGCUUACAGGAGCAUGCAAGCCAUACCUACCAACAGAUCGAUCUGGAAGAAUUGUGAACGUCUCCAGUAUCGGACAAAAGGUCGGCACCCCAUACUUGACGCUUUACAAUGGAACGAAGGGUGCACUUGAGGCUAUGACAAGAACUUGGUCAAGAGAAUUGGCUGAGAAUGCUACCGUCAACACUAUCAACCCUGGUUCGGUACUCACAGAUAUGUUCCGUCAAUGUAGCGAUGAUGUGCUUGCAGCUCAAGCACAAUGGAGUCCGUUGAUCCCAUUGUCAGGUGUACGUGAGUGGGAUACCGAAGAAGUCAAGGCAGUUGGUAAGAAAUGGGGUGGUCGUCCAGCAUAUGUCGAAGAAAUCGCUGGCGUUGUCGGUAUGGUUUGUAGUCCAGAGAGUGCAUGGAUGACUGGUAGUGUUGUCAGCGCCAACGGUGGUCAAUGUUUCAGCACUUAAAUGUUUAGUAUCGUGUAAAUGUCAACUUUAUCCAGAAUACAUAUUAAUUCGUGUUGGCCAAAACGUUAGCGUUGAGUAAUUACUAAAUAACAGACAAGCUGGUCUUGAAAUUCGACUGGAUUUCAUAUACCUGAGCUAACCGCGAUCUUGAAUGUUGUACCUUUAAGAGCACCUUGCCUGGUUUUAAU